AUGACGUACCCGUCAGGCUUCAGCAUGCCGGGGGCAUUCCACAGCGACAUAUUCGCGACGACGACAACAACCACAUCAUCAUCAUCAUCAUCAUCAUCACAGCCUCUCAUCUUCCGACCGCCUCUAUCCUCGCCCUCGCCGUCCGGCUCCGCCUUUCUCGACGUCGCCUCCGCCUCCAAGCGGAAACGCGUAGGCCACUACCGCGCAGACACUCCCGUUGACGAUGCGCCGCCCGCCGUGAGCCUCUUCGGCACCGCCGCCGCGCCGCAGCACACGCCCGUUAAAGCGUAUGCGCUCGCCGGUACCCUGGACACGCCCGGCGGCGGCGCGGACUCGGACAUAUUGGGCGAGAGCGCCUAUUCCGACUCCAACUACCGCACGGCGCUCGGGUCCAAGCGAUCCCGCAACCACGACGACGAGGACAGCUCGGACGGCGCGCCGACCUCGCUCUACCGCCACAACAACCACAACCGCGCCCCCUCACCGUCGCAGGGGUGGGGGAGCGUGGCCAUCAACGCCGUCGGCGGCGUCGUCGGCCGCGUGUGGGAAUUUUGCAAGGCAGGCGCCUUCAAGGGGUUCUACGCUGGCGGUGGCCGGGGCUUCGCCAUGACCGAGACAGGGGCCAUGGUGGAUAGCAGUAAUAGCGCCGCGCCCCUACCUCCCGCCGACGACGAUUACCCCUACGGCUACCACUACCAUCACAACAACUACGACGACUACAACGAGCACCGCGUCCCCGGCCACUUUCCCGCCUCCCAACCGGAAACCUCGUACCACACCGCUGUCGACGACACGGUGUCUCCGCUCCCGUCGUUCACCGCCGCCGACCCCUGGUACGGCCCUCCCCCCAGCCCGGCCCCGAGCAUCCCGACAGCGAAGCGUCGGCAGACGACGCACGCCGACGACCUCGGGCGGAACUGGGUCAUCGUCAACGACGCCGGCCGCUCCUCGCUCGCAGCGACGCCGCGCAAGAUUACUGGUGGCAGUGGCGGCUACCGAUCAUCACCCCGCAACCGCAACCACACCCCCUCCGUGACCACCGGCCGCCGCAUCUCCACGACGACGCCCCACGGCCGCCCCCCCUCCUCCUACUGCCGCCCGGCGACGCCCUCCGAGCAAACCACCCCGCAGCUCCGCCCCCCGUCGUCCGCCUCCUUCGCCUCGCCGCGGUCCGCCUCCCCGACCAAGCUCACCUCCUACCACCAAACCACUGCCAGCACCGCCUCCACCGCGUCGCCCACCCAAACGCACGCUCACCCCUGGUCGCGCGGCGGCGGCAGCGGUCACCGGCGUCGGCGCAGCGGCACCGCAACGAGUGUGAGCGCCGCCCACCGCCGCACCAACAGCACCGCCUCCGCCGCCUCCAGCCGCGGAGAAGCCCCUGGCGAGCAGCAGCAGGCGCGGGCCGCGGAGGAUAGUCCGCGGCUCGAUGCCGAGGCGAAGCAGCUGGCGGCGCGGCGCAAGAUGGAGGAGCGCGACGCGGACGUGCGCAUCUCGGCGUUUAACAAGCGCCUGCAGGACAUGAUCCGGCAGGGCAAGGAGGCUCUGGGGACGACGAUUGAGAUUGACGAUGCGGGCGGCGACGACUGGGUCGACGAGGACUGA